AAGAAUUUGAAAAUACAUAAUAAAUAAAUAAAUAAUACUUAAAUAUUCACCAAAGAGCAGGUCCAUGCUCACCAUCAUCCCCAGGCAGAUCUCCUUCAAGCUGCCCACUGCCCACCAACUGCAACACAUUUCAAUAAAUAUUCCCUCCAAGGAUAUCUACAAUUUAGAUAUCCAUCGAGCCCACCAUCCAGUAAGUGAGGAUUAGACUGGCGUGUCUUAUCAUCUCCUCCCCCUCCACCAACUCAGCCGCCGUAAGCUGAACACCUCCACUACUAUCUCCAUCCCUGAUCGAUCUCUAGAUAUUCAAGUAAAUAAAGAAAUACGCUUGAGCCUUAUAUAUACAUAAAUAAGUGUCCGGGAUUAUAACGAACUCUACCAAUCCCUACCAGCUCAAACAACUCCAUCAUGCCGAAGAAACGCAGCUCAACGGAACCCGGAUCGGAGGUGGCUCCGAGACGCUCGACGCGAGUGUCCGCAAAACCACUCCCAGCCGGCAACCAGAACCCGAGAACAACCGGGAAAACAGUCAAGCCAAAUGGAAAAGAGAUCGUCAAGAAGGCUAAGACUCAGACCAAGCCAUCCAAAAAGGCUGCCGGCAAAGCUGAGGAUGACUCACUAUCAGAAUUGAGCGCUGAGAGCCAAGUCAAGGAGCUCGAAGAUGCUGAGCCCAAGCCACCACCCAAGAAGAAGACCAAAGUGGACAAAGCACCCGUCAAAGAAGAAAGUACAUCGAGCUCCAAGAAGAAACUGGCGAUUGGCGAGAAAUUACCGGAGACAAUCAUCCUCAAGAACCACGAUGACGCGGAUGUCAAUGUGCUCGAACUCACUGCAGAGAAAGGAUUAAUCAUAUUCAUUUACCCCAAGUCAAACACUCCAGGAUGCACGACUCAAGCCUGUGGCUACAGAGACCUCCACAAGGAGAUCGUUGAUGCUGGAUUCCAAGUAGUCGGAUUGAGCAUGGAUUCCCCGAAGGCGCAGACCACUUGGAAAGUCAAGCAAAAACUGCCUUACACUCUACUCUGUGAUCCCGAGCAACAACUGAUCAAGCUCUUAGGCUCAUCCAAAACCCAAACCUCCGUCCAACGAUCCCACUUCAUCUUCGAAGCUGGCGGGAAACUCAUCCAGGUCGAUCCGAAAGCCACCACCACUACCAGCCCCAAGCAAGCUCUAGAGUUCAUCCGAUCCCUGGCGAACCAAACCACUGCAGAAGAGACCUCUUAAGAUCUUCCACUUUUUUCUUUCGUCAUCGGGGUCACUGGGGUGUUCAUAUAUAUACGCACAAAUGAGAUGUAUCCGACAAAUGUUCAUAUAUAUUUUUUAUCGACAAGAACGAGAUGCACAGAUGUGCAACUUCUACAUACUGAGCUCGCCCCCACCCACCCCCGACAGAUUUCUGCCUUUUUUUUUCUCUCUUUCUCUUCUUCAUCGAUUGGUUUGCAAUUGAAUUUGGAUGGAUGUGGGUUCCCUUACCUGUUCUUGAAAUACAUUCGCUCAAUCUUCUCAAGA